AUGGGUGGGGACGAAAAGAAGGAGGUGGGAAUGGGUAUGGAAAGUGGAAGUGAGGAGGGAAACUGGGGAGCAGGGAUAGAGUGGUGGCAACGCUUGGGGAAAAGGAAGAAGACAACGCACCCCUAUAGUGAGUGGGACCUGGAGACACUUGGAAGCAGUACUGGGCUGUACUUGAAGGACGAAGUUCCACUUUGGGUGAGUGAUUAUGAAGGUUACAGUGUGAAGAGUGGCGAUGGGAGGAAGAAGUUCAACGUAAAAGAUUGCUCAACUUUCAUAUUCAUCAAGGGGUCCAGUUCUGAGGCACUAGCUCUUAAGGUGGAAUCUCUCACUCGAGAGGUUUCUGAACUUCGUGCCAUGGCCGCCAGCGCUUCAAGGGUGAGGAUGGAAGAGAAAACGAUAAAGCAUUACAGCAGCAAGCACAAGAUACUGCUAGUGGGUGAAGGAGAUUUCUCCUUCUCACUGUGCUUGGCCAAGGCUUUUGGUUCUGCCUCUAACAUGGUUGCCACGUCUCUGGACUCCAAAGAUACCUUGACAAGGAACUACUCAAGAGCCCUACAAAACCUGCUUCAACUGGAGAACCUAGGCUGUACCAUUCUGCAUGAGGUCAACGCACACACAAUGAGCCAACAUCCUUUUCUGCAGCACAAGCUGUUUGAUCGAAUCGUCUUCAAUUUUCCCCACGCUGGAUUCGUCUUUCGAGAGCACCACUCCUUUCAAAUAGAGUCACACAAGCGAGUGGUGAGAGGCUUUUUGAAGAGUAGCAGAGAAAUGGUCAGUGAAGAUGGAGAAAUUCACGUAACACACAAGACGGCAUAUCCAUUCUGUGAGUGGAGAAUAGAGAAGAUAGCUGAGGAAGUUGGAUUGCAGCCGGUUAAGGAAGUGCCGUUUUGUAUAUGCGAAUAUGAAGGGUACUGUAACAAGAAAGGAUCUGGGGAUAGGUGUGAUGAUAGCUUCCCUGUUGGACUGUGCAGCACUUUCAAAUUCAUGAACAAGGACCCUCCAACUGAUCCUCAGGUUUACGAUUGUAUUUGA